GACUGACAGAAGAACUAAACCUAGGAAAUAAAAGCAAGCAAAGCCGUGAAGCAAUAAGGCAGCACACCCAGUUGGCAAAUUGAGCAAUCCUACUCAUCACUUUUUACGAGUGCUUGCCAUUUCUUCUGAAAAGAGAUAGAGAUUGAAAAUGGUGGCUGAUCAAAAGGGUAAAUCCGAUAUCUCCUUCGCUGGAACCUUUGCCAGCAGCGCUUUCGCUGCUUGCUUUGCUGAGUUAUGUACAAUUCCUUUGGACACUGCUAAAGUUAGGCUCCAGCUUCAGAAGAAAGCUCUUGGUGGAGAUGCUGCAGCCUUACCGAAAUACAGGGGUUUGUUAGGUACAGUUGGUACUAUUGCUAGAGAAGAAGGUUUAGCUGCACUAUGGAAAGGUGUUAUUCCUGGAUUACAUCGCCAAUGUCUUUUUGGUGGCUUGAGAAUUGGGAUGUAUGAGCCUGUUAAGAAUUUUUAUGUUGGAAAAGAUCACGUUGGAGACGUUCCUUUGACCAAGAAGAUACUUGCUGCCCUUACAACUGGUGCUCUAGGAAUUACAGUGGCAAAUCCAACCGAUCUUGUGAAAGUUCGACUUCAAGCUGAAGGGCGAUUACCUCCUGGAGUUCCUAGGCGCUAUUCUGGGGCACUUAAUGCUUAUUCAACUAUUGCUAGACAGGAAGGAGUUAAGGCUCUUUGGACUGGGAUUGGACCCAAUAUAGCACGAAAUGCUAUUAUAAAUGCUGCUGAACUUGCAAGCUACGAUCAAGUAAAGCAGACGAUUUUGAAAAUCCCUGGAUUCACUGAUAAUGUUGUCACUCAUCUCCUUUCUGGUCUUGGGGCUGGAUUUUUUGCCGUCUGUAUUGGUUCUCCAGUUGAUGUGGUUAAGUCAAGAAUGAUGGGAGAUUCAGCUUACAAGAGCACGCUCGAUUGUUUUAUCAAAACUUUGAAAUAUGAUGGACCUAUGGCUUUUUACAAGGGUUUUAUCCCGAAUUUUGGACGGCUAGGAUCAUGGAAUGUGAUCAUGUUUCUUACCUUAGAACAGGCAAAGAAAAUUGUGAGAGAUCUAGAGUCAUCUUAAGGAGCUUAAAAAGAACCAAAAUCCCACAAAGCAAGGAAUUGAAGGUGGGACUGCCAUUGAAAUUGAAGAUUUACAGAUAAUAAAUUUAAUCCAAUUCGCCCUCUUAAUAUUGAUGUCAUAAAGACGAGUUAUGAUAUGCCCUGGGGGAAAUCUUUUGACUUUGAAACUUCCAAAUCAUAGUCUUUUCUUUUUAACGCUCAGAACUGCUGUUAUCCAUUCGAUUUAUCAUUUCAUUGAUAAUUCCCUGAUCGAGGGCAAGUAAUACCAUGGAAGAGCGAAUGGAGUUCGGUCUUUUCUUUUUCUUUUUUCAAAUAAA